UCCCUCCCAGGGACACAGGGAAGCUUACAUAGAAAUCUCUACCCACUCCCCCAACAGUUCCGCUGAGACAGAGGAACUAGUCCAAAGUCACCCAGUGAGCUUUCAUAGCCAAGGGCGGAAUAGAAACUGCGUCCCAAUCCAACACCUUUAACCAGGACACCAGACUAGUUGUGUUCAAACUGCAACCGAAGUGCAUGUAGCUUCAGACGUCCUCCAGCCCUUUCCCCUGCCAUGGAACUUCAAGGGCGCCAGCCCCUCGGAGUCACUCGGGUCCUCACGGACACAGAUUGGUCGGAACCAUGGAUUUUAGCUCUUGUGUUUUUCCACAUAGUCUGCUUAUUUUUUACUUACCUUUCAUUCCAGCACUAUCGUUUGCAAAUAGGACAUUUUCUUUCUAUCAUGAUCCUGGUAUUCUGUGCAGAAUAUAUAAAUGAAAUAGCAGCUGCAAACUGGAGAUUGUUCUCAAAGCACCAGUACUUUGAUUCCCGAGGAAUGUUUAUUUCAUUAGUGUUCUCAACACCAUUACUGCUAAAUGCCAUCUUCAUAGUGAUUGCUUGGGUUUAUAAAACAGUGAACGUAAUGACAGAACUAAAGACAAUACAACAGAAAAGGAAAGCAAGUAGAGAAAAUAAGAAAAGUGAAUAAAUAAGUAUUUCUUUUGUAACUGGUGAUGUGACAAGCAUUCUGUCACCCAUAAUAAUUUGAGGUUGGAAGAUUUGGAUUUUUACACUCCUUCAUAAAUGGUGUUAUGUUCUUGUUGCUUUAUGAAAAAAAUCACUUUCUUUUGAGCACACUGUUAGAGCAAUUCUUACAUGGUAUUUCACUAUAUAGACUAAUUCAUUCUGAACUAGUCAUAAAGCAUUUCAUAUGUUUGUUAAAGUUUCUCUAAUGUACUAUUUUAACAUGGCUUUAUGCAUGAAUUAUUCAGGUAUUUAUGAUAGAUUUUGUGCAUCAAAUAUGCCAAGAUGUCAGUCAGAUGAAAAAAUACUUAUUUUAAUAAGUAUCAGUUCAUAAAACUGAUUAGCUGCAUGAUUGUCACCCAUGAUUAAUUUCUGUUUGG